GUCGAGUGGUGCCGAGAGCAGAGCAGAAGCACCCGUUGUUCCUCUGCGACCGCACGAGCCAGAAAAAAACAACUGCCGCCGGGAGGAGAGGAGUGGAGAAAAAUAUCCCCAAUCCAUCGCCUCCGAUAAACCCUAGCCAGCAGCCUCGCCGGAUAGGCGCCGGGAGCCCGCCGAAUCGGAGACCUUGCGGUGCGUCGGAUCGCCGGAGGAGCCGCGCCGCGGUCGGUCGGGCGGGGAAUUGAUUGCGGCGAGUUUUGGGGCUGUUCCCUGGCCUCCCUGGCGCUCGCCGGCGUCGGAUCCGGCGGAGAGGGCGGGUUCUGGGCGGGUCUCGGUCCGAUUUGCUCGCCUGGGCUGAUUGGUCGUCCGCGCGCGGCUGCGGCGCUGGUGGUGACCGGCGGCUGAGCUGUUCCUCUUCCCCUUCCCUUCAGGCGGUCGCGUCGCGUUCGAUUUCGCGGGCCGUUGCUGCCAUUGCGCGAGCCAUCCGAAGAGCCAAGGUCGAGCAGCCUGUUCCUGCCAUUCCCGGCAAUCUCGGUGCCGUUUGUUCCGCUGGGUGGGUGGGCGGGCGGCGCAGAAGGCGUGACCUUCCGGCGGCGCGAUGCUUCCCAAGGCCCGAAUCCACGCGGACCCGGCGCUCGACUUCGAGCUCGACCUCUUCGACUGCCUGCCGGACUCGCUCGUCCUUCUCAUCCUCAACAAGGUGGAGGACGUGCGUUCCCUCGGCCGCUGCUCCGCCGCGUCCAAGCGGCUCAACGGGCUCGUGCCCCACGUCCACGACGUCUGCGUCAAGAUCGACCGCGUCGUGGCGGUCGACGGCGACGGCGAGGACGCCCUCAACCUGACCUCGCCCAAGCCCCGGAACAUCCUCUCCCACUUCCUCAAGCUGAUGCUCUUCACGAUCAUCAAGCCCUUCCACAACGCGCGCGGCCCCAACGGCGCCGGCCGGCCGCUCUUCCCGCAGCUCGCGCACCACUCGCCGGCGCAGGUGCUCCGGAGCUUCACGCACGUGCGGAACCUCCACAUCGAGCUCCCUUCCGGGGAUGUCGGCACCGAGGACGGGGUGCUCCUGAAAUGGCGGGCAGAGUACGGGAGCACGCUUCAGAACUGUGUGAUCCUCGGGGGCACCAGGGUUGACCGCAAGCCUGUUGGCGCAGAGCAUGAGCCGUCUUCGGAGGACAAUGGGAGCAUGCCGGAGUCUUUCUAUACCAAUGGCGGGCUCAAGCUCCGCGUCGUGUGGACGAUCAGCUCCCUCAUCGCGGCAUCGACGAGGCAUUAUCUUCUCCGGUCGAUCAUCAAGGAGCACCCCACACUUGUGAGCUUGGUGCUGACUGAUGCCGAUGGCCAGGGCACGCUGACCAUGGGAGCAGAGCAGCUGAAGGAGUUCAGAGAGAACCAACUGUCGGCCUCGGCAUGCUCCAACAGAACCCAGGUCCCGGCCUGCAACAUGAAGCUGAAAUACGCGCCAUAUCUCGAGCUGCCCGGAGGAAUUGCGCUGCAGGGUGCUACACUGGUUGCUAUCAAGCCCUCCACCGAGGGAAGCAAUGGCGGCCAUGUCAGCCGCAAGGAAACGGACGCAUUCAUCUCUGGAGCAUUUGAUGGGCCAUUCAAAUUCGCCGCGAAGGCGCUGAUGAAGAGGCGCACAUACCUUCUGGAGAUGAAUGGCUUCUAGGAGUUCUUCCUGGGUAUCUGCUUGCUGGUGCAAGCAAAGGGUCGUUUGGCUGCUUUAAACUUUUGGUCUGUGUAAUAGUCUGUGCUUGUUGUCUGGUGUGUUAGCUCUUUGUACAGUGGUGACAUUUGGUUAGCUAUAUGAAAAACAUAUCAAGUUAGUACA